AGGAGCGGCCGCAGGACCUGGAGCAGAGAGAGUCCCCUCUCAACAACUUCUCUGUGGCACGCACCGUCCCCAUGAGGCUGGUCCCAAGCCCCUCCUGGCACCUGGCCCCUGGUUCACCACUUCCUUACACUCUGCCGAGGUUGCCAGGGCCCAGGCCCUGGAAUGUCAGAAGCGCCUGCACAGGCCCCGAGGCCCUGUCCACUCGCGCGGGCUCGGCGGCACGGCCUGACUCAUUCCCCGGCCCCCCGGCCCCUCCCCCGGGGCCCGGUGUAUCCUCACGGCUGCUGUGCUCGAGCUGUGUGUGCACCAGAGUGUCAGCUGAUGAAGACAGAGCGGCCCAAACCCAACACCUUCAUCAUCCGCUGCCUGCAGUGGACCACGGUCAUCGAGCGCACCUUCCACGUGGAGACCCCCGAGGAGCGGGAGGAGUGGACCACUGCCAUCCAGACGGUGGCCGAUGGGCUCAAGAGGCAGGAGGAGGAGAUGAUGGACUUCCGGUCGGGCUCACCCAGCGACAACUCGGGGGCCGAGGAGAUGGAGGUGUCCCUGGCCAAGCCGAAGCACCGUGUGACCAUGAACGAGUUUGAGUACCUGAAGCUGCUGGGCAAGGGCACGUUCGGGAAGGUGAUCCUGGUGAAGGAGAAGGCCACGGGCCGCUACUACGCCAUGAAGAUCUUGAAGAAGGAGGUCAUCGUGGCCAAGGACGAGGUGGCGCACACGCUCACGGAGAACCGUGUCCUGCAGAACUCCCGGCACCCCUUCCUGACGGCCCUGAAGUACUCCUUCCAGACCCACGACCGGCUCUGCUUCGUCAUGGAGUACGCCAACGGGGGCGAGCUCUUUUUCCACCUGUCCCGUGAACGGGUCUUCCCCGAGGACCGCGCGCGCUUCUACGGCGCUGAGAUCGUGUCUGCCCUGGACUACCUGCACUCAGAGAAGAACGUGGUCUACCGUGACCUCAAGCUGGAGAACCUCAUGCUGGACAAGGACGGGCACAUCAAGAUCACCGACUUCGGCCUGUGCAAGGAGGGCAUCAAGGACGGCGCCACCAUGAAGACCUUCUGUGGGACACCCGAGUACCUGGCCCCAGAGGUGCUGGAGGACAACGACUACGGCCGCGCGGUGGACUGGUGGGGGCUGGGCGUGGUCAUGUACGAGAUGCUGUGCGGCCGCCUGCCCUUCUACAACCAGGACCACGAGAAGCUCUUCGAGCUCAUCCUCAUGGAGGAGCUCCGCUUCCCGCGCACGCUCAGCCCCGAGGCCAAGGCCCUGCUCUCGGGGCUGCUGAAGAAGGACCCCAAGCAGAGGCUGGGAGGGGGCGCGGAGGAUGCCAAGGAGAUCAUGCAGCACCGCUUCUUCGCCAGCAUCGUGUGGCAGGACGUGUACGAGAAGAAGCUCAGUCCACCCUUCAAGCCCCAGGUCACCUCAGAGACAGACACCAGGUAUUUUGAUGAGGAGUUCACAGCCCAGAUGAUCACCAUCACGCCCCCCGACCAAGGCGACCCCGUGGAGGGCGAGGACAGCGAGCGGAGGCCCCACUUCCCACAGUUCUCCUACUCUGCCAGCGGCACGGCCUGAGCAGGCCAGCAGUGCGCUCCCGACGCCCGAUGCCGGCCCGGAUGACCUGGUCCCUAGUUCGCGCUGCAUCCGGGAGGAGCCGCCUCGGAGCACGAUGGGAAGGCCUUGGUGCUGCGGGCGAGGGACCCGCCAUGGAGCGUCUCCUCCCAGCCAGGCCAGGCUGGGCGGGAAGCGUCUUGCAGGUCUUUUUAAUUUAUUUCAUCUAGCUCUCCAGACAUGCCCUUGGCCUUCAGAACGAUUAGAUUCACAUAGGAAACGGUCAAGGACUUCUCCAGCCACGUGCAAUUGGGGGCCCAGGAGGGCUCUGCCUCUCCAUCCCUCCAGUCAGCUGUCCCCGGCUGCCACCUGUCUGGGCCCAGCGGGGGCUCCAGGAGCACUGGGCAGUGACGUGCUGGCCCGGCCCCCGCACCCUGCCAGGGAGCAGCUCCUGACCGGGGCCGGGGCAGAGGCCGGCUGGGGGCCGAGGAGCGAGGUUGCUGUGUGACACACGAUCACGUGCAUUUGGGGUUUUUUAAUCUUGGUGACAAGAAAGCCCCUCCCUCCCGCCCUCUUUUCCCUCUGGGGCACCGCCUUGACAGUGUCCCCAGGUAGCACUCUUCCGUAGAGAAGCUUCACUGUCCCGCCGCGUGCCAUGUGCCCUCCGGAGGGGCCUUGGGUGUGACCUCCGGGCCGGACCCGCGCUGUAGCAGGGCGCUUUUUACAUUCGACUUUACUAUUUUUACUAUUAUGAGACUCCCUCCAAAUUCCCCAAUAAACACUGCUUUUCAACUCC